CUUCCUCCUACCCUUCAUCGACUACGCCCUCGCACCACAGAAAGCAACAAGCGAUGGCUUUCCUCGGCCCUGCCGUUCGGUGGCCCGAUGUUCUUGGGAUCAACGCCACGGCUGUGUUCGAGUCGGUGCAGCCUCACCUGCCUGCACCGCUCGCGACGAUGGACGCAGACCUGUUCAUGUCCCUCUGCCUCUCCUUCACAGUCAUUGCACUGAUCACCGUUUCGUCGACCAUCCUCAAGAGCCGCUCAAAGCACGGCGUACCCGUGUCGGCCUCAUCUGCACGGAAGCUUCGAAGAAAGGAGACACCGACUGUGCUGCUCGCCGGUCCCACAUCGGUCGGCAAGACGUCGAUCUUCAGCGGCCUGGCGCUUGGAUGCGUGCCGAGUGCGCACCCGUCGCAGCGCGGUAGCGAGUCGACCGUGUGGCUCUCCCCAACCAAGAAGGUGCACCUCGUCGACACGCCCGGCCAUCCGAGACUGAGGGCCCGUGCCGUGCAAGGCUACCUCUCGAGCGUGGAUGCCGUCGUGUUUUGCAUCGAUGCCAAGGAAGCCCUUCGGGGAGGCGCCUCGGCCGGCCUUGCGUCCAAAGACGCCACCGGCGGCUUGACAGAGGCGAUAGAUCACCUGCACGCUGUCUUGACGUCUCUCGCCCAGUAUCGGCUGCGCCAAGGAACUGCGUCUUCGCCUGCGCCGGCCCUCGUCAUUGCCCUGACACGUGCAGAUCUCUCGCCCCACCUCGCCAACGUCGACCUUUCCUCGUCAUCGGAGGAGGACAUCAAGCGGAGAAAUGCGCUUCUCGCCCGGGCAAGGACCGCCGUUGAGGUGGAGCUGGGACGGAGGCGGGCGGGUAUGCGACUGGGCCGCAGCGCCAGUGCCAAGAUCGGCGGCAUGUCGCAGGUGGCCGGCUCGGGCCAGGCAGAUGGUGUCUGGGCAUCAAUCAAGAAGAUCCUGGGUCUUCAGGGACGUGCUUCUGGCAAGGGGUCAGACGGGACAGACGGCGAUGAUGGCGACGACGAGGAAGAGCCGGCAGACUACAUCGACUGGACUCUCCUCGACCGGGGCUCGUCUGCAUUCAGCCUCGACAAGCUCGAUGCCGACGUCGUGCAGGACGGCAAGGCCCUGGCUGCGUUUGCGAGCGUGGGCAAGGAGAGGGGAUGGGAAGAGAGGCCCAUCGAGGGGCUAAAGGAGCUCCAAACAACACUGCUCAGCGUGUAGCCCUCGCUCUUUGCGACAGGACAAGCUGUGGAUGUGGAAAUUGUAUUCAUUAUUGCGAAAAGAGCAGACGACCCAC